UUGAGUUUAGCAACAAGCUAAGCUGCUACAAGAAGAGGAAGUUUGUGUGUGUCGGAAAUGGCGGAUGAUGAGGUUGUUGUUUUGGGAUUCUGGCCAAGCAUGUAUGGGACGAGGGCAACGAUAGCUCUGGACGAGAAGGGUGUCAAGUAUGAGUACAGAGAGGAGGACUUGAGGAACAAGAGCUCACUGCUUCUGCAGAUGAACCCGGUUCACAAGAAGAUCCCGGUUCUCAUCCACAACGGUAAACCGGUCUCUGAGUCACUCAUCAUUGUGCAAUACAUUGAUGAGGUUUGGGAGGGUAAAGCUCCUUUGCUUCCCUCUGAUCCUUACCAGAGAGCUCGGGCCAGGGUCUGGGCUGAUUUCAUUGAUAAGAAGGUACCUGAUGCUAGGAAGAAACUAUGGAGCACAAAAGGAGAAGAACUUGAGGAAGCCAAGAAGGAAUUCAUCGACAUCCUUAAGCAGUUGGAAGGAGAGCUUGGAGACAAGCCUUACUUUGGGGGUGAGAGCUUUGGGUUCUUGGACAUUGCUCUCAUCACAUCCUACAACUGGUUUUAUGCAUUUGAGACCCUUGGAAACUUCAGCACAGAGGCAGAGUGCCCCAAGCUGAUUGAAUGGGCCAAGAGGUGCAUGCAGCGGGAGAGCGUUUCGAAAUCUCUUGCCGACCCUAAAAAGGUGUAUGAGUUUCUUCUUGGCUGGAUAACUGGAUAGAAUAGGCUGCUAGCCAGUCCUGCAAUCAAAUGUUAUGUUGUUGUUCUCUUCUGGUUCAUUUUCCUCUCAACUUUGUUUUUCCAGUGAGAGAUC